ACACUCCUCCCCCUCGUCUCACAUGACGCUGCAGUCAGAGACAGACAAGACAUUGAAGGAGAAACUUCUGGAGAGAUGAGGUUCAUUAAAACACAAUUUUGGACUUUCUAAAUACUACCUUGUAGUAAAGUCAAACCCGUUCCAAUGCAAGAGAAGUCAUUUGAGAAGAGAUUUUGUUUUGGGAUUGUGAUAAAGGAUUUAGAGUGAAGGAAAAGCUUAUCACACAUCAGGUUCACAAUGGAUGAGAAGCCAUUUCCUUGUUUUGAAUGUGGCAACGCUUUUACAAACGAGUCAAGUCUUGUCGACCACCAGAAGACUCACACUGAAGAGAAGCCAUUUCCAUGUUUUGAAUGUGGCAACGCUUUUACAAACGAGUCAAGUCUUGUCGACCACCAGAAGAUUCACACUGAAGAGAAGCCAUUUCCAUGUUUUGAAUGUGGCAACGCUUUUACAAACGAGUCAAGUCUUGUCGACCACCAGAAGAUUCACACUGGAGAGAAGCCAUUUGAGUGUCCCGAAUGUGACAGAGCUUUUACACAGAAGAGUAGUCUUGACAUCCACAUGAGAAUUCACACUGGAGCGAAGCUGCAUCAUUGUUCAGAUUGUGGCAAAGAUUUUAGACUGAAGGCAAAUUUGAUCAUACACCAGAGGGUUCACACUGGAGAGAAGCCGUUUCAGUGUCCUGAAUGUGACAAAGCUUUCAAAUCAAGGUCACAGCGUAGCAGACACCGGAUGACUCACACCGGAGCUAAGCCGUAUCCGUGUUCUGAAUGUGACAAAGCUUUUUUAUCCAAGAUGAUGCUCGACACACACCAGUGGAUUCACACUGGAAAGAAGUCGUAUCCAUGUUCUGAAUGUGAUAAAGCUUUUACAACUGAGAGUAAGCUUACUACACACCAGAGGCUUCACACCGGAGAGAAGCUUUUUCAGUGUCCUCAAUGUGAAAAAACUUUUGCAAGAAAGGACCACUUUAAUCUACACGAGAGGGUCCACACCAGAGAGAAGCCGUUUCAGUGUUUUGUGUGUAAAAAAGAUUUUUCGGAUAAGUCGAGCCUUCACAAACACCAGAGGGUCCACACCGGAGAAAGGCCACAUGCGUGUUCCGAAUGUGAAAAAGCUUUUAAAACAAGGCAAGACCUUAACAGACACCAGAGAAUUCACACUGGAGAGAAGCCAUUUCAGUGUACUGUAUGUGACAAAGCUUUUACUGUGGGUGAACACCUUAAAAUACACCAGAGGACUCACACUGGAGAAAAGCCAUAUCCGUGUCCUUUUUGUGAUAAAGCUUUUACAAACAAGUCAGGUCUUUACGCACACCAGGGGGUUCACGUAGUAGUGGUCACAGUAUGACACAGAUUUUACAAGCCGGCGAGACUAUUUGACAAUUGUUUUGAAGAAUCGUGAAUAACUUAACUAUGGUUCCUUUGGAUUCUCAUAAUUAUCCUUUUUUUUUUUUUUAUGGGACCUUUAUAAGAACAUGCCAUGUAUUUUAAUCAUUCACUAAUUGAGCUGUGUUCCCAAGCACAUUUUUUUGUUUUGCCUGGUCCCGAGUUGGUACCUUUUUUUUAACCACUUGCCGACCAGCCGCCGCAGUUUUACUGUGGCAACAUGGCUCGCUGGGCGAAACAACUUUGCGUUAAAGCGGAGGUUCACCCAUACCUUACACAUUUUCCCCUUCGCUUCAUGCUCGUUUUGUCUAGGGGAA